CGCCUGAAUUUGCUGCCUCGUCGCUUCCUGACUGCGUCAUUGUCUUGUGGCGUAGUGGCGGCCCCGUGCAUGCGGUGUCACUCGAGGAGCAACAGAAAAGGUUUAUCUGGACUGCUGAGCGGGUUUUAACGUUUAUUUUACGCCAUGUCAUCUCUUCUGAAGGUCGACCGGGAGCUGAAAACCAGGGUGGAAACAUUCAGGGAGCAGAUCAGCAGUGAGGCUGAGAACCUGGUCGCCAGCUUUUUCCCUCGAAAGCUCCUGGAGUUGGAUCACUUUCUCAAGGAGCCGAUUCUCAACGUUACUGACCUGAAAGAAAUCCAUUCAGAGAUCAAGUUCAAAGUCCCAGAGCCGAUUCUCUUCACUAACAGCCACGAUGGCGUGGACGGGAAUACCAAAAAGAGGAAACUACAGGAUGGAGUUGGUGAUGAGACCUGGCAAGAGGGAACCAAACCUCUGGUGAUGCCAGAGGGGAUGAUGAAAUGUAACGGCAAGCUGGUGGACCUGAUUGAACGAGUCAAACCAGAGAUCAGGACACUGAUUGAGAAGUGUAACACAGUCAAGAUGUGGGUCCAGCUGCUCAUCCCCAGAAUAGAAGAUGGAAACAACUUUGGGGUCUCCAUACAGGAGGAGACCGUGGCAGAGCUGAGGACGGUGGAGUCAGAGGCAGCAUCUUACUUGGACCAGAUCUCCAGAUAUUACAUCACAAGAGCCAAGCUCGUCUCCAAAAUUGUCAAGUACCCUCAUGUGGAGGACUACAGGAGGACCAUAUCAGAGAUCGAUGAGAAGGAGUACAUCAGUUUGAAAAUCAUUGUUUCAGAGCUCAGGAAUCAAUACGUGAUUCUUCACGACAUGAUCCUAAAGAACAUCGAGAAGAUCAAGAAACCCAGAAACUGCAACUCUGAAGCCCUUUACUGACAACCCCCACACACACACACACACACACACACACACACACACACACACACACACACACACACACACACAUACAAACACACACGAAACAUGAGCUCAGUCAAACAGUACUGACCCAUAAUUCUAGCUUUUGCUUUUGAAUACCUCAUGGUUUUAGGUUUUACAACCUCAGGACAAUUCAUGACAUCUCAAAUAAGAUGCUGCCUUUUUGGACUGGUAGUGUGCUGAUAUUCAGUGUGGGAAACUUUAACGUGAAUGCUGCUCACUAUUCUGUAUGUGAAACUCCAGCUUUUUUUGGGUCCUUAGUGAGUUAGAGGAAGCUAUACAAAUGCAUUUGGAAAAACAAAUUUGACCCGAGGUUACAGACACACACACACACACACACACACACACACACACACAGACACACACAUUCCAGCUGUUGCAGGAUCCUCCUCCAUCACCGACAUGCUUUCUGACACGUAACCUUUCCAGGCUUUCCAGUGCUCUUGGACUUGACCUCAGACUCCUUUUCCCAUUAGUAUCCAGACUGCAAGCUGCUGUUGCAAAGACCACCUACAUGGCAUGCCUCCCAUCCGCUCCACCGGGACUAAAAGCUCAAGAGAUUCCUGCUGGUUUCACUUCCUGUCCGCGUUAUCUGGACUUUUGCUCCUGUGGAUGCCAUGCCUCUCCCGGGAUUUAUCAUGUUUUUGAAUGGUUUUCUUUUUUUGUUUUUGCUCCAUAUUGCCUGACCCACCCUGUGACGGUUCCCUUAUUUGCCCCUUCUCUCUGGAACUUUCUGAGCUCACCACUGUCCCCGAGUAAAAAGUAUGGAAUUUAAAACUCCAACUCCCUCUCCCAGUUGACCUUAAGCUGUCAAGGGACCCUCUUCUCAAACAAGAUGCAGAUUGCGUUCCUCAGUGCUUCAGAAAGCAGCUGUAUUUCUUCAUCUUUAGUGUUGCAAUCAUCCCGACAUAACAGAGAUUUGACUGCUCAGUUUAUCAAGACAUUUCUCCCCCCAUGCCACUCUGCUUUUAUUUUGUCUUGUGCUUGUUGUAUCUUUGAGUCAUGGUGACACUUGGAGACGCUAUUACAUCCCUAGAAAAAAAACAAAAAAAAAAACAGUUUAGCCUGCCCUGCUGUACGGGGCGGGGGGGUAGUGCAGAACAUGUGGUGUUGGUGGUCCUGGGACACUCGUGCUCCAGGCUGGCCUCUACGAACACUGUAGCACACUGCUGUCUGUCAGUAUGGACCUGUCCGAAAGGGUUGGACUCAAAAAAACAAAAAGAAAACUUCACUCAGUAAUGUGCCUCCAUGUAUCUGUCUCUCUUGUGAUCAAGCAAGCUUGGAACUUGUCAAAUGUUUUUGAAUACAGCAACUGUGUCUGUGGUUUCAUACAGCUGUUUAUUAUUAUUAUUAUUAUUAUUGUUGUUUUAAAGGCCCUGCACAGUCCUGGUGCACCCACACAAGUGUUUGUACAUCAAAAAAAACAAAAUUAAAUCUGGAGUCUAAAAUUUA